AUGUUCUCCAAGCCAUCUCAUUUUAUUCAUAACACCGUUCAAUUCUUCAGAGAAUUCACAAAGUUUAUGGCUAUUGAAUGGGUGAGUAUCAUAAUUUAUAUUCAUAUUAUUUCAAAAAACUUAUUUUUUUUCAGUUGGGACAACAAGUCAACUUCACAAAAAAAGCACAUUUCCAUGAUUUCUGUCAAAUUAUUGUAAAAAGGUAUCAACUAGUUUGUGAAAUGUUCGAAUCAAUUGAUGAUACAAAGAUAGUAAGUUUGAAACGUACCACGCCCAGGUUGAGGCAUAUGCAUUAAAAAUCAACGGGAUCUGUACAAUUAUUUACACCGUAAUCUGAAACAUGAUGGCCAAAAUAGAAAAGAUGGUCGAAAAUAUCAUAAUAUCGAUCAGAAUUGCUGAAAAAUUCUCAAUUUCAAACUAUUCUUUCAAAUAGAAUUGAAGAAACCUGCACUGUAUAUCCUCAUUUUUGGGAAAACCUCUACAAAUUUGAUAAGUGUCAUCAGAUGUCAUAUUUUGGGGAAACCAGAUUUCGGUUCCACGAUGAUAUGAGCCAUGAUUGUAGAAUGGAAUACAAGUAAUUGGACGAUGGACACUUUCAACACAAAUUGGAAUAUGAGCAACCUAAAGAGAGAGAGAAGGGGAAUAUGAGAGAGUGCAGAGAAAAACAGCAGCAAAGUUACUCUAAUUAUUCAAAACGUUAGGGUAACUUUGGCAGGUUACGAUCAACUGAAACCCGUCGAAUCUGAAAUUUUCGUUUUUCAUUGAAAAAUCGAGGUUUCAUGGGAAAUUUCCAGAUUUCGCACAGGGGAAACCGCAAGCUUCCGCGAAUUGAUGGAUGACUUCAGAUUUUCAGCUGUGAAUAUUUUCGUGGUCAAAAAAUUCACCAAAUUCGGCAAGAAAAAAACAAAAGAGGAAAAAAGAAUUGACUUUUUCCUUAUUAAAUAAUAAUAAUUUCACGUGAACAUUUGACGUGGUUUGUGAGACGAAGAUAUUAUAAAAUCAUCAAGAUCUCACAUUAUUACAGUUCAUCAUUCAAAGAAGAUGCCGAAUCUGGAUUUCAAUUAUAAAGAAUUAGAAAAUUAUAUGGAUGUAAUCUUUCAAUCCGGGAAAUGCUGGUUAGUUUGAGAAAAAUAAUGAUAAUUCUACAAAUGAAUUGAUUUUUAAGGGGAAAAUGGAAUAUGGCUGAAAAUGGAACAAUUAUAUUCGAAAAACUUGGAUUCCAGGAAGGAAGAUAUCAAAAAUGAAUGUUCUCCAAGCCAACUCACUUUAUUCAUAACACCGUUCAAUUCUUCAGAGAAUUCACAAAGUUUAUGGCUGUUGAAUGGGUGAGUAUCAUAAUUUAUAUUCAUAUUAUUUCAAAAAACUGAUUUUUUUCAGUUAGGACAACAAGUCGCUUUCACAACAAAUGCCAUGACUGCUGUCAAAUUAUUGUAAAAAAGUAUCAACUAAAUUGCGAAAUGUUCGAAUCAAUUGAUACAAAUACAUCAUUAUCAUGUAUGUCGAACAAAAAUCAUCUUGAAAUAAUUCGCCAGAAACUGUAAGUUAUAUAUCAACAUAUGUAAAUAAUUUUGGAAUAUUAUUGCAGUUAGCUGAUAUUUCCGCUACUGUAAGAGAAAAACGACAAAAUUCAUAUUCAUCUUCCUCGAGUUGUUCGUUAAACAAUACUUCAAAACAUGAUGGUCACAAAUUGGUUGAACUGGAAUCAGAAAUCAAUUCAAUUUCACUCAAAACACAUGAAGAAAUUGAACCAAAAACUCCAACAUUAGAUGAAGAAUUGCCAUUAUUGACUGAAGAUAAGGAAGAAGAUGCGAAAACAGAGGAAAUCAUUGAUCAACCAAAUUUUUAUAAUGAAUUGAUGAAUCCCGAGAUAAGUGUGGAAAGAAUGUUUAUCGAGAAACACAAACAGUCAGAAAAUGAAGAAGAAUUCAGAAAAUGCCAAAAUCUACAAUUAAAGAGAAAGUGAGUUGAUAUUGAACUGAUUUUGUAAUGAAUUAUCAACACAUUUCCAGUUUACUGUCAUAUCAGAGCUCAAAAAGGCAAAUCCGGAUCUUCAAAAUUCGAGUUAUACGAAGUUGAAAGAAACAUUAUGGUCGAAUUUGUACAAUGUAAGUGUGCUGAAUGUUUUCUUUAAUUGCCAGUCAAUUUCAUUUGUUCAGACAGUGAGCAAUUUGUGGAAAAUCGAAGGCGAUGCGGAACUCAAAAGGGUCAUGAUAGAACUACCGCCCGAACACUUCAUCUCUGUUCAUUUAUGCAGAGAAUUCUCGAUUAUUUUUAAUGCUGGAAAAAAGAAGGAGAUCUUGUAUUGGAUCAACCAAUUAGAUGAUCAAACAAAGAGUGAAGACAUAAAGAAAGUAAGUUUGAAACAACACCAUCUGUUUUUUUUAUAACUAUUAUCAUUCAGAUGAUUGUUGCGGAAAAGGCGAAGAACAAAAAGAAGAAGAAUUAG